AUGAAGCUGCCAGAAUAUUUUUCCAAACACGGCUUGGACAUUCCUAAGGCCACAGAGGAGCAGGCAUUGAAACCUGACAAGUUCUCCGCUGUUUACUUUCCAGCUUGGUUUCUCUACGCAUCGUUGCGUUCAUCAGAGACGAACUCGGGGAUUCUUAUAAACCGAGCUUACGUCCCUGGCUAUCAGCAUGACAUCCUGUCCAAUACAUCCUUCAAUAUACAGCAGGGUAUACUCGAGCACGACCUAGAUGACCCAUCGCCGUGGACGGAAUCGUUGCGCACUCAGCACGAUACAGACGUAUUAUGCCUUCCUUAUCGCUCCGCACCGCUCUAUACGGAGAGCGAUUUCGGCCCAGAUUCAUCAAUGUCUCGGGCGCUCAAGGCUACGCGCCUAGACGUUGAAUUCUUGGCGGCGCAUCCGGUGCUAAUCCCGCUCUACCUGGCCGAGUAUCAUGAUGUGCUUACGAACGAACCGAUGACAGUUGUCAUUGAGGCACACACUGAUCGGAUGUACUGCACAAGGCUCCUCAGAGACGCUACAACUGCGAUGAUGCAGACCUACUCGUCUUCUUCGCGGAUUGCGAAGUGGGUCGGCAACUGGCUCAUUAAGUUCGCAGACGAUUUCGACAGACAACGGCGGCGCUCUUCAGCCGGACGGCUUCUCCUUUUCGGCGGGAGAGAUGCUUACCCUUCUAUUCAUAGCCUUGUAAAAGCUCAGAUCCCGAAGGAUGGGGUCGACGGUAUCCCAGCACAGGUAUUAGGACGCGUAGCGAAGCUUCCGCCAACACAUCCUAUGAGCGAUGACAGUCACCAAGGCAUGGAAGACCUACGCGUGAGGCCCUUCACGCGUCAAGCCGGCCGAGAAUCCAAUGAGUGCGCCCAGUAUGCAAUCGGGGCAUCAUUACUAGCCGAAGAGGCCUCAGCCCAGGCUCUGCGUAAGGAGAUGGAGUCUGACUUGAAGCGAGCCGCACCUUGGUGGCUGGAGUGGAAAUCGACGCAUCGCUUCAAUCAGAGAUCAUAG